UCCUAAGGUCUCCUUCCGGUUCUCGAUGCUUCUCUGAGUCUCAGGGUUUCCGCCACUCGUCUACCCUUCCCCACCCCCCCCACCUCGGCCCAUGACCCGCCUCCGUCCCCCGCCCUCCCGGUCCGACCUCCGAUCGGUUUAGUAAGACGGUGCUGUUCCGACCCGAGGGGGACGGCGGGGAGGGUGGCGCGUCCGCUCGGCCUGGACCAGGGCAGCAAACCGCUCCCGUCCAACCCCUCGGCUCGCCCCGCGCUCGCGACGGCGGCGUUGGCGGACGGAUACGCGGCGGCGCCUGUGUCUGGCAGAGCCGGUGUGAGAAGAGACAAUCCUUCCUCGCCGCCGGGCUGAGCAGGACUUUUGGCCGGACCUUUGGAGUGCACAUCGGGAGAGUGAGGAGCCCGGCGAGCAGCACAGACUAUGGCGCUGAAACGGAUUAAUAAGGAACUUAGUGAUUUGGCCCGUGACCCUCCAGCACAAUGUUCUGCAGGUCCAGUUGGAGAUGACAUGUUUCAUUGGCAAGCCACAAUUAUGGGACCUAAUGACAGCCCAUAUCAAGGUGGUGUAUUCUUUUUGACAAUUCAUUUUCCUACAGACUACCCCUUCAAACCACCUAAGGUUGCAUUUACAACAAGAAUUUAUCAUCCAAAUAUUAACAGUAAUGGCAGCAUUUGUCUUGAUAUUCUAAGAUCACAGUGGUCUCCUGCUUUAACUAUUUCUAAAGUUCUUUUAUCCAUUUGUUCACUGCUAUGUGAUCCAAACCCAGAUGACCCCCUAGUGCCAGAGAUUGCACGGAUCUAUAAAACAGACAGAGAUAAGUACAACAGAAUAUCUCGGGAAUGGACUCAGAAGUAUGCCAUGUGAUGCUACCUUAAAGUCAGAAUAACCUGCAUUAUAGCUGGAAUAAACUUUAAAUUACUGUUCCUUUUUUGAUUUUCUUAUCCGGCUGCUCCCCUAUCAGACCUCAUCUUUUUUAAUUUUAUUUUUUGUUUACCUCCCUCCAUUCAUUCACAUGCUCAUCUGAGAAGACUUAAGUUCUUCCAGCUUUGGACAAUAACUGCUUUUAGAAACUGUAAAGUAGUUAACAAGAGAACAGUUGCCCAAGAUUCAGAAAUUUUUUUAAAACUGGAGCAUGUGUAUUAUGUGGCCAAUGUCUUCACUCUAACUUGGUUAUGAGACUAAACCAAUCCUCACUGCUCUAACAUGCUGAAGAAACCAUCUGAGGGGGAGGGAGAUGGAUGCUCAGCUGUCACAUCAAAGGAAGCAUUAUUCUAGCGCAUCCAUACUUGUUUAAGCCUUCCACUGUUAGAGAUUUGAGGUUACAUGAUAUACUUUAUGCUCAUAACUGAUGUGGCUGGAGAAUUGGUAUUGAAUUAUAGCAUCAGCAGAACAGAAAAUGUGAUGUAUUUUAUGCAUGUCAAUAAAGGAAUGACCUGUUCUUGUUCUACAGAGAAUGGAAAUUGGAAGUCAAACACCCUUUGUAUUCCAAAAUAGGGUCUCAAAACAUUUUGUAAUUUUCAUUUAAAUUGUUAGGAGGCUUGGAGCUAUUAGUUAAUCUAUCUUCCAAUACUGUUUAAUAUAGCACUGAAUAAAUGAUGCGAGUUGUCAAUGGAUGAGUGAUCAACUAAUAGCUCUCCUAGUAAUUGAUUUAUUUUUCUUCAAUAAAGUUGCAUAAACCAAUGAGUUAGCUGCCUGGAUUAAUCAGUAUGGGAAACAAUCCUUUGUAAAUGCAAAGCUGUUUUUGUAUAUACUGUUGGGAUUUGCUUCAUUGUUUGACAUCAAAUGAUGAUGUAAAGUUCAAAAGAGUGAAUAUAUUGCCAUGUUCAGUUAAAGUGCACAGUCUGUUACAGGUUGACACAUUGCUUGACCUGAUUUAUGCAGAAUUAAUAAGCUAUUCAGAUAGUGUAGCUUUAAUACGCUGCACAUGAUUCUGGCAGCCCUAGAGUCCUGCUGGGACUCAGCAGUUUUGAAACGUAUAUAUGGAGUUUUAAGAAAUUUAUUUUCCAGGUGCAUCCCCUUCUAACUAAAAUUUCUUCAUCUUGUACACUUAACAGCUGAAAAAAAAAAAAAA